AUGAAAGAUUUGGAGUCGACGUCUUCUUCAUCAUCGAGGGAUGAACAUGAAGAAAAUAAUAAUAAUUCACAUCCAUAUAGUGGAUAUACUGCUAGAGUUGCCCAAGAAGUUCAAGAAUUAGCAAGAACUUUAUCCCAUUCAAGUCAAUUACAAAUACAAAACAAUCCAAGUCGUAGAAAUUCAUUGGUUGAAUCUUCAAAUCAUGAAAAAGGUUCUGAAUUUGGACUUCUUCCAAUUGAUGAAAAUGGGGAAUUUGUUGAUCAAAGAUUAAAUCCAGAUUCAGAAGAUUUUAAUGCUGCUUAUUGGAUUGGAAAUGCUCAUAAAUUGGUCAUGUCUGAUACGGAAUAUUUUAAACCAAUUAAUAUUGGGGUUAGUUAUAAGAAUUUACGUGCUUAUGGUAAUGCUACUGAUGCUGAUUAUCAAAGUACUUUUUUAAAUACAAUCUCAAAAUAUGUUUCUUUAUUUGUUAGAGAAAAAAUAUUAAAACAUUCAAGUCCAACAUUUGAUAUUUUAAAACCAAUGGAUGGAUUACUUAAACCAGGUGAAACAACAGUUGUUUUAGGACGUCCAGGUGCUGGUUGUUCGACAUUUUUGAAAACAAUUGCUUGUCAAACUUAUGGUUUCCAUAUUGAUAAAGAUUCAAUUCUUAAAUAUAAUGCCUUAUCACCAGCUGAUAUUGCAAAACAUUUCCGUGGGGAAGUUGUAUAUUGUGCGGAAACUGAAACUCAUUUCCCUCAAUUGACUGUGGGUGAUACAUUAGAAUUUGCUGCUAGAUUAAGAACUCCACAAAAUAGACCUUUGGGUGUCGGUAGAGAAGAAUAUGCCAAACACAUCACAUCUGUUGUAAUGGCAUUAUAUGGUUUAUCCCAUACAAGAAAUACCAAAGUUGGUAACGACUAUAUUAGAGGUGUUUCCGGUGGGGAAAGAAAAAGAGUUUCUAUUGCCGAAAUUACACUUAAUAAUGCCAAAGUUCAAUGUUGGGAUAAUUCUACUAGAGGUUUAGAUUCAGCCACAGCACUUGAAUUUGUUAAAGCCGUGAAAGCUGGUGCUGAUAUAAUUGGUAACACCCCAUUAAUUGCUAUUUAUCAAUGUUCACAAGAAGCUUAUGAUUUAUUUGAUAAUGUUGUUUUGAUGUAUGAAGGUUACCAGAUUUAUUUUGGAAGUGCUAAACUUGCCAAACAAUAUUUCUUAGAUAUGGGUUAUUAUUGUCCAGAAAGACAAACCACUGCUGACUUCUUGACUUCAUUGACCAAUCCAGCAGAAAGAAUUGCUAAACCUGGAUUUGAAGCUUUAGUUCCAAGAACCCCAGAAGAGUUUUAUCACCGUUGGCAAAAUUCUCCACAACGUCAACAAUUGGUUCAAGAUAUUGACGAAUAUUUGAAAAGUCGUGACGAAGCUGAAGAAAAGAGAGCCUUGAUUGAAGCUCAUGAAGCUCGUCAAUCAAAUCACAUGAAACCAGCUUCUCCUUAUACUGUUAGUUUUUUCAUGCAAGUUAGAUAUAUUGCUUACAGAAAUUUCCUUCGUGUUAAAGGGAAUCCAAGUGUUACUCUUUUCCAAAUUUUUGCAAAUACAAUUAUGUCACUUAUUUUAUCUUCAAUUUUUUAUAAUUUGCCAAAUGAUACAUCUUCCUUUUAUCAUAGAACUGCUGCUUUGUUUUUUGCUGUUUUAUUUAAUGCUUUUUCUUGUGUCUUGGAAAUCUUUGCCCUUUAUGAAGCCAGACCUAUUGUUGAAAAACAUAAAAAAUAUGCCUUGUAUCAUCCCGGUGCAGAUGCAUGUGCUUCAAUUCUUACUGAACUUCCAACAAAACUUCUUUCUGCAGUUGGUUUCAAUUUCAUUUAUUAUUUUAUGAUCAAUUUCCGUCGACAUCCAGGUAACUUUUUCUUUUACUUUUUGAUUAAUUUCUUUGCCACUUUGGUUAUGUCACAUAUCUUUAGAACAAUUGGUGCUGCUACUAAAAGGUUGGAAGAAGCAAUGACUCCAGCUGCUAUCUUAUUAUUGGCAUUGACUAUUUUCACUGGUUUUGUUAUCCCAACUCCAAAUAUGCGUGGAUGGUCUCGUUGGAUUAAUUAUAUUAAUCCAUUGGCAUAUGCUUUUGAAUCAUUAAUAGCAAAUGAAUUUCACAACCGUUUGUUUCCAUGUGCUCAAUUUGUCCCUGCCGGUGGUAGUUAUCCUACCGUUGGUCCAAACAGAAUCUGUACUCCUGUUGGUAGUAUCGUUGGACAAGACUUUGUCAAUGGAACCAAUUUUAUGGUAGAAUCAUUUGUUUAUAGAAAUCUGCACAAAUGGAGAAACUUUGGUAUCAUGAUUGGUUAUAUGAUGUUUUUCUUUGGAACUUACAUGUUAUUAUGUGAAAUUAACAAAGGUGCUAUGCAAAAAGGUGAAGUUUUGUUAUUCCAAAAACGAGGUUUAAAAAAGAUGAAGAAAGCACAAAAGGAUAUUGAAAGUGGUGAAAUUGGAAAAGAUACUCCUGAAUUUGAAAAUCCACCAACUGACAACUCUGAUGAAAGUAAACAGGUGUUGGAAACAGGUGGUCAUACUUUCUUCUGGAGAAAUUUAACUUACCAAGUGAAAAUCAAAACUGAAGAUCGAGUUAUUUUGAACAAAGUUGAUGGUUGGGUCAAGCCAGGACAAGUGACUGCCUUGAUGGGUGCUUCGGGUGCUGGUAAAACCACUUUGUUGAAUGCAUUGUCUGAUAGAUUAACCUCUGGUGUUGUUACUGAUGGUGUCAGAUUGGUUGAUGGUAAGCCAUUGGAUUCAUCUUUCCAAAGAUCAAUUGGUUAUGUCCAACAACAAGAUUUACAUUUGGAAACCUCAACUGUCAGGGAAGCUUUAGAAUUUUCUGCCCUUUUACGUCAAUCAAAGUCUAUUCCAAAAAAAGAAAAGCUUGCAUAUGUUGACCAUGUUAUUAAAUUGUUAGAAAUGGAAAAAUAUGCUGAUGCUGUUGUUGGUGUUAGUGGUGAAGGUUUGAAUGUUGAACAAAGAAAAAGAUUAUCCAUUGGUGUUGAAUUGGUUGCCAAGCCAAAGCUUUUGGUAUUCUUGGAUGAACCAACUUCAGGUUUAGAUUCCCAAACUGCCUGGUCUGUUUGUAAAUUGAUUAGAAAAUUAGCUGAUAAUGGACAAGCUAUCUUGUGUACCAUUCAUCAACCUUCUGCUAUUCUUCUUGCUGAAUUUGAUAGAUUAUUGUUCUUGCAAAGAGGUGGUGAAACGGUAUAUUUCGGUGAUUUGGGAAAAAAUUUCACCACUCUUAUCAAUUAUUUUGAAAAAUAUGGUGCUCCUAAAUGUCCACCAGAAGCAAAUCCAGCAGAGUGGAUGUUGGAAGUUAUUGGUGCUGCACCUGGUUCUAAGGCUAAUCAAAACUAUUAUGAUGUUUGGUUGAACUCUACUGAAUACAAAGAAAUGAAUCAAGAGUUGGAUACAAUGGAAGUGGAACUUGCUAAAAAACCAGAAGAUGAUGAUCCUCACAGACUUGAUUCUUAUGCUGCAUCUUAUUGGAACCAGUACAUCUUGGUUACAAAGAGAAUUUUUGAACAAAAUUGGAGAACUCCUAGCUACAUAUACUCCAAAUUGUUAUUGGUGAUAGCAUCUAGUUUGUUUAAUGGGUUUUCUUUCUUUAAAGCUAGCAAUUCUAUACAAUCACUUCAAAACCAGUUGUAUUCCAUAUUCAUGCUUUUCCCAAUUGUCCAUACCCUUAUUCAACAAUUUGUUCCAACCCAUCUUAGUCAAAGAGAUUUAUAUGAAGUCAGAGAAAGACCUUCCAAAACAUUCAAUUGGUUUGCCUACAUCGGAGCCCAAGUCACUUCUGAAAUUCCUUGGAAUAUUCUUUGUGGAACUAUUUGUUAUUUCUGUUGGUAUUAUCCUGUUGGUUUCUACAAUAAUGCCAGUUUAACUGACACUGUCCAUGAAAGAGGCGCAUUUAUGUGGUUUGCCCUUGUUUUGUUCUUUAUCUACACUUCUACUUUGGGACAAAUGUGUCUUUCAUUUAUGAGUUCAGGUGAAAAUGCUGUUCAUUUGGCUGUUUUACUUCUUAUUAUGUGUUUGGCAUUUGCUGGUGUGUUGGUUUCUAAAGAUGACAUGCCAGGAUUUUGGAUUUUUAUGUACAGAUUUAAUCCAUUCACAUAUCUUGUUUCCGUGAUGCUUUCUGUUGGUUUGGUCAAUUCUCCUGUUGAAUGUUCUGUAAAGGAAUAUUUGAGAUUUCCUCCUCCAGAAGGUUAUACUUGUGGAGAAUACAUGACGCCAUAUAUGAGUGUUGCUGGUGGUUACUUGGUUGAUAAAAAUAGUACCCUGGAAUGUGCUUUCUGUAUCAUGAGUACAAAAAAUGUUUUCUUACACGAGGUUGGUGCUAAUUAUGAUACUAGAGGAAGAGACAUUGGUGUCUUUAUUGCUUUUACUGCCUUCAAUAUUAUUUGCACAUUCUGUUUCUACUAUCUCGCUAGAGUUCCAAAUAAUAUUCUUACUAAAUUAUUCAAGAAAAAGAAGAACUAG